UAUAAAUACCUUUCCUAACUUCUCUAUCUAGUGUUACCCCCGAUUUGAAGAUUUUUAUUGUCUCCCGUAAAAUUCACGCAUUUUUCGACGUUUUAAGGAUCUUUUUUCUCGGCCAUCACCUCCGACUAGAAGAACUUUCAUACCUUCGAUAUGAUCCGAAGCUUGAUUCACUGUACCGAUCUGGUUAAAUAAAAAUAAGUUUGUUUCCACAUAGUUCGUUUGAUUCUACGCACCUCAUCUCCACCACCUGACAAUGCGAAAAGCGAUGCAGUACCUGAUGACCCCCGCUUUCCAGAGCGGGGGGAGCGCGGGCAGCAGCUCUACGUCCGGGGGCAGGAACAACAAUGUCGCUGGGUUCGCCGCCGAGGCGCCGGAGUACCAGGGCCCGUACGGGCAGAAGAACCAAGCCGACGACGCGCAAGCCGCCAAGAAGCAGGCGGCGAAGGAAAGGAAACAGAAAUACAAGGAGCUGGGCAAGCAGAAUAAGGACGCGAAACAGGAGAAGGAGGAGAAGGAGGGGUUCGGUGACGCGGCGUCCUAUGUCGACCUGGCGAAGAAGAGGCGGGAACAGGAGGGGGAACUGGUGAAAACGAUGGAAAAGUUCUCGGCGAUUUCCGCGGCGGAGUCGAAAUUUAUGGGCGGCGACGCAGACCUAUGCAUUGCAAAUAUGUCUGAAUCUGAAAGAAUGCAACUUGUCAUGCUAAUUCUGGAUAGUGCAAAAAUCUGUGUUGCGUGAUUACCAAAAGCUGUCCAGUUUUGACCAGGCUGAGAGGGAGUCUCUCAUGCAGACGAGGCAUGAUAGAGGUCGGACAGAAUCUGUCAUGCUGGGUCAUGUAUGACAGACCUCACGCGUCAAGGAAAACCUGCAUGACAAGUCUUCCAAUCUUCGUCGACCCAGACAUUUUUGCAGUUGAUAAGACCACACGUUUUGGGUCAAGGGUCUCGACGAAAACCUGCUCCAGCAGAGGAGAAAGGAGCUGGAUCGGGAACAACGAUCGGCCGUCACCAAUGACCCGGAUGCACGGAUUAUGGAACAGUACUACAAGAACGUGGUUUUGCAGCUUUUGGUGCGUCAGCGUAGUUGCAUUUUAUAAUAUAUCACCUGUAGUUGAUUGCAUAUGCAUUGUCUUUUCAAAUCUCGACUACUAGUAAAUCCAAAAGAAAUACUACCCAAAAAACUACCCCUCAGACGGCAGCGCGCGAAGGAGAAUCUGGAGAAGAAGCAAACCUCGAAAUCCGUCCUGGCGCAGCGCGUGGAAGCUGCUUUUGUGAAGUCCCUGCACCCAGAUCAGAACGGAUUCCGGCAACACCUGAAGUCGAUGCACACGCGGCUGUACAAGGGAGACAAGGUGAAGUCCGGCCCGGUCACCUUUCUGCCGAAGCGGACCUAUUACCAAUUUUCGACCGACCUCUUCGAUCUGGAAGAAAAGCCCGUUUACGGGUCGCGGAGCAAGGCCGAGUGUCCGGAUUUGGACGAAAAGAUCAAGUGCGAGUAUGUGGAGAAGGAGUUGCUGAAGCACAUCAAGGAGACCAUGGCGGACUUCAAACAAAACAAGAAGUUGCGGAAACAGGGGCUCUUGCUCCCGGGAACAACCACCAGAGUGGACGACGUGAGGUCGCUAAGUGGUGGGGGUGGAACGACUGGAAGAGGUUCUACCUCGGAAAUAAGGGAACAAAGGGAUAGAGACACUAGUAGGCACGGCAGCAGUCGACAUCCUCACGGCAGUAGGCGUCAACACACGACCACCAGCUCGAGGAGCAAUAAGCCAGCAGCUGACGACAGUGACGACGACAUUUUCGGGGGUGGCAGUGCGAAGUCAUUUAAGGAUUUGGUGAAAUCCACGAUUGCGAAACCUGGGGCAGCAGCCAGCAGAGAACAGAAGCCGAAGCAGAAGGACAAACUGGCUUUAUUGGCGGAAGUCCAGGACGAGCGGAUGUUUGACAAGUUGGAAGAGGGAUUGGACCCUUUCGCCGGGCAAGAGAAUGCGGACGACGAGUUCAUCCCCUCUCGGAAGUACAAGGGGAGCAAAAAGGGCUGGAUUUUCACGACCCGAGACGGGAAAACCGGCUACUACUUCGACUACGCGAGGCUGGACACCGCCCAGGGCCUCGCGGACCGGGCGAACGAGCGGAAAAAGCUCGCGCAGGAGCGACUAGCCCGGUUGACGGGGAAAACGGCGAGCGACGAAGCAUACAGCGAAUACAAGGCGGACGACAACGUGUUUCAGCACACGAAAGAGACGAUCGCCGCACAGGUGAAGGCGGAGGAGGAAUUUGAAAAAUUGUCGGAAAAGAAGAAAAAGAAGCUCGCCGCCAAAAUGGACCAGGACACCACGGACGGGGCGAAAUUCUUCAUGAAAUCCGGGAACGACGGUACUAUGCAGGAGAAGGGCGGGGAAAAGAAAUUCAAAUCGGUCGAUGAUGAGCUGAAGGCGAUAGACAAACUGAAGGAGAAGGGCAGCAUGAAAAAGUUCGAUGCCAUGGAAGCCGCGCAGCCCUCGGCGAAAAGGGCCAAAUAUUUCUGAUUAUUCAUCAUCUACCUACAACAACUUGGAGCAGGGCAAUUUUUUGUCAAACAAUCGAUAUUUAUGAUCUCUGAACACGAGCGACACAACAAUAAGUAUUUCUAGGAUUAUAU